AUGUUCAACAUCUCGGUCAUCGGUGCUCUCACUUGUCUGUUGAUCUUCGUUUUUUUGAAGUUCCGCAGCGACCACCGUCACUUGCCGGGCCCAACCGCCAUUGCCUCCAAGGCGGUUGCCGUGUGGCAUUCCACCAGUGGCGAGAUUGAACACCCCUAUGGAGUUUAUGCCGGCCAGUUCCUCCUAAUCGAGGGCAGUAGCUCCGCCAUCCUCCUCCUCCUUGCCACACUCUUGCAGUUGCAGUUAUGCUUCCCCUCAAUAUCUACGUCGGGAAAGUCCCAAUUUGUUUACAGAGAAUCACCUACUGAUGGAGAGUAG